AGAAGAAAGUCGACCUUGCCUCCAGGAUGAUGUGCCAUGGUUAGUAGAGCCAGCAACCAUGCCUAAGUUCAUCCUGGGGAUAGAUGUGGGAACCACUUCGGUCAAAGCUGUGCUGCUGGCAGCGGACUCCAGGACUGUAGCCGUGGGUCACCCUGAACCCACAGCUGCCAAUCUCAGCGACGUUAGAGGAAUAAAGGUGAGCUCCUCUUGCUCUCUGUUUGGUAUCCAGGCUAAGGAGCAGGACCCCGGCCUGAUCAUAAACGCCCUGAACCGCUGUUUGGCUCAGCUGCCCAGAGACAAGCUGCAGCAUGUUAGCAGGGUCGCUCUCACCGGACAGAUGCACGGGGUUCUGUUCUGGACUGCUAAGGGUGGCUGCGAUUGGUCAGACCGGGACUUUUUCACACCCAGAGACACCAGCCAGCUGGUCACAUGGCAGGACGGACGCUGCAGCAGUGACUUCCUGUCCUCCCUCCCGAAGCCAGAGUCUCAUCUCGGGCUUUCAACAGGCUUCGGCUGUGCAACGAUCUUCUGGUACAUGAAACACAGCCCUGAAUUCCUGGAGAACUUCACAGUUGCUGGUACCAUCCAGGACUACGUGGUGUCCAUGUUGUGCACUUUGGACACAUGCAUGAUGACGCCUCAGAAUGCAGCCAGCUGGGGCUUCUUCAACACUGCAACCAAUCUUUGGAACGAGAACAUUCUGAAGGCUGCGGGCUUCCCUGUUCGUCUGCUUCCUCGCUGUGUGCCAUCUGGUGCCUUGGUGGGACAGACAUGCUCUGCCUGGCAUGGCGUUCCUGCAGGCACACCAGUAGGGGCCGCCCUGGGAGACUUCCAGUGCUCCGUCUACUCCUGCAUGAGUGCGCCAGCAGAUGCAGUUCUCAACAUCAGCACGUCAGCCCAGCUGACCUUCGCCAUGCCAGCUGACUUCAUACCUCCUGAUUCCCCUCAGCCUGAGUCAUCCAUCUCCUACUUCCCUUACUUUGACUCGUCAUACUUGUCUGUGGCAGCGUCGCUCAACGGAGGGAACGUCUUGGCCACUUUUGUGGACACAUUGACUGCCUGGAUGAAGGAACUUGGCGCAGAGCUGAGUGACUCAUGUAUGUAUGAGAAGCUGAUUGGCUGCGCUCUCAACCAGGAGACCAGUGACCUGACGGUGAGCCCCACCAUCCUGGGGGAAAGACACAACCCCCUCUGCCUCGGUCAGGUCUCCAACAUCUCUACCUCCAACCUCUCCCUGGGUCACGUGUUCAGAGCGCUGUGCCGUGGCAUCGUGAGCAACAUCGUCUCCAUGAUGCCUGUGGAGCGCCUGCAGCAGGCAGGGGUGGGGCGGAUCCUGGGGAGCGGGAGCGCCCUCACUCGCAACGAGGUGCUGAGGCAGGAGGUGGAGAGGGCGUUUCCUCUGGAGGUGGUUUACGGACAGAAUGCAGACUCCGCUGUCGGCGCAGCCAUGGUGCUUUCAGACCGGCUCUGAACAAUCUACUGGGAAACAAGCAUGUUUACAUAAUCAGCUGAGAUUUUUGCACAAUUCUGGACACUUUGGUGUAAUUUAAUGGUUUUAAUUGGAUAAAUUAACAGGACUGCUUAAAGCAGAUUUAAAUAUAACAUUUUGAUUUCUGGAGGAGAUUUUAAACUCUUAUAGAAACCUACGAGGACUUUAUUCCCUUUAAGCGGGGAUGUUGUGUAACGUAUCGAUUAAAGGUACAGUGCUUUGCUCCUCCUCUUCAAACUGUAUGCAGCCAAACAAAGACAAGAUAUGUAAAGUGUGUAAAUUUUAACCAUCUUACUCAUCCUCAUCUUCCGCUUUAUUGUGGACUGGGUCACAUGGGCAGUAGUCUAAGCAGAGACAUCCAGACGUCCCUCUCCCCAGACACCUUUUAAUGCUUUUGUAUUUUCACUAAUUUUGAAUGAGUUGCUACAGUUGGUUUGAUAUUUAGCCAGUUCAUCCAUCCAGAUGCUGCCUUUUAGGAGGCC